CCUCAUUCCGUUGUACUCGCCGCGCUGCGAUACGUUCGUUCGAUUCGUUCAGUCGCUCACCCGCCGCCGUCGCGUUAUCACGACACGUCCUUUCGUCGCACUAUGAGCCAGCAAGCCAACACAUAAAACAUCCAAAAUGAAGCCUAAUAAGUUAUAACGUUUUUCUUUCAAACCCAAUUUAAUUUUUAGUUCGAAAUAUAACAUUGUGAUAUUUAGCUAGUUUCCGUAAUAUUAUUAUAUAUUUAACAUUCUAAAAUGGAUGCAAAUUAUUAGUAUAUUUUAUAUAUUUAUAAAUAAUCAGUGCUCAAGAUAAUCUCAUUCCAAAACGUCCCGUAAGAAAUUAUUAGGAACACAUUUACAAUGACAGCCAAAACUCGUUCACAUUGGAAGGAAUAUGCAACGGCACUAUGUGCAACCCUCAUCACCGCAACAGCAGGCACCUGUUACGGCUGGCCGUCACCGACGCUCGCCUACCUUCAGUCCAGCGAGAGUUCCAUCCCCACCACCGCGGACCAGGGCUCAUGGAUCACCUCCAUCAUGAUUCUGUGCUCUGCGCUCACGCCUGUACCUUCCGCCUACUUCGCCGACAGAUUUGGACGAAAAACUACCCUACUACUUGGCGCCGUGCCAUUCAUCCUGGGCUGGAUCCUGGUGAUAGUGGCCAAGUCAGUGUCGGUGCUGUACGUGGCCCGGAUGUUCUCCGGGCUGGGUUACGGCAUCGUCUACACCGUGGCACCCAUGUACACCGGCGAAAUUGCCACCAAUGAAGUCAGAGGCGCCCUCUCCACGCUUAUCACUCUCAUGAAUAAAGUCGGUAUUCUUGCCCAGUACUGUAUCGGACCCUUCGUCUCGAUGCAAACCCUAGCCGGCAUCAACUUGAUCCUACCUAUAUCAUUCGUUUUAAGCUUCAUAUUCUUGCCCGAGUCGCCAUACUAUUACCUGAAAUUUGAACGUAGCGAAAGAGCAGAACGGUCCCUAAGAAUGCUACGCAGCGGAGACAUAAGGACAGAGCUCAAAAACAUCGAGAUCAAUGUCCAAGAAGACAUGAAGAACAAAGGUUCCUGGCUCGACCUUGUCACAGAAGCGACGAAUAGAAAAGCUAUGUGGAUAAGUUUGGGAGUGUUCACGAUUCAACAACUUUGUGGCAGUGCUGCUGUGGUUGCGUACGCCCAGGUGAUAUUUAACCAGACGGCGUCCUCUAACAGCUCUCACGCCGCAGCCGCUGGACACUUGGAACCCUACGUAGAAUCUAUUAUGGUGGGCUGCGUGCAAGUCGCGACAUGUGUGCUGUCAGUUUGCCUCGUGGAUCGAGUGGGAAGGAAACCACUGCUGUUACUAUCUGCGCUUGGAGUAGGGCUAAUGAAUGGGACACUUGGAACGUUCUACUGGUUUUACGAAGCUGACAAGGAGUCUGUCCAGUUCCUGCACUGGUUGCCAGUGGCCUCUAUCCUCGUGUACAUCGUGUGCUACGCCAUAGGGUUGUCAACGGUGCCCUACGUCAUCAUCGGAGAGAUGUUCCCUACCAACGUCAAGCUGUAUGCUUCCUGUGUAGCGCAUAUUUACACGGGAAUCUUCAUGUUCGCUGUGCAGAAACUCUUCCAGGUGGUCAGGGACUCAUGUGGCAUUUACACAGUAUUCUGGGGCUUCUCAACAUUCUCGUUCCUCGGGCUGGUGUUCAUGCUGGUGAUGCUGCCCGAGACCAAGGGCAAGUCCUUCGCCUCCAUCCAGGCGCAGCUGAAGCGCGACGUCGCGCGCGACAACGCCAGCAAGCUUAUGACCGUCGAGUAUUAAAGCGGCUAGGCCGCUCUGGAGUUCUUCAGUGCUAGCUUAAGCUUAAUUUAGGGAUCAAGUUGAUAAUGAAUCUUAAGAAUAUUUAAAUGUAAUUUAAUUUAAAGAUUUUUACAUAACAAAAAGGUAUGUAAGGGUAACUAAGGCCUGUAGAGGACUAGGAGGGGGAGCAGAGUGGGAGCCAGUGUGGCGGCUCCGGAGAACGCGGAGAAGUCCUCAGGGUCGUAGUCUGCGGGCAGCCGCCGCGUGGACACCACGUCUGUGUACAGCCGCGCCGAACGCUUGGCCGUGCGUGUCUUCUUUGGGCUCUUGAAGUCGACCAAGUACAGACCGAAGCGGGACCUGCAAAUGCAUUUACAAAUGUGACGAGUGAAAUUAUAACACAGAACGUUUGACUGA